UGCUAAACCAAUGGGUUACGUGGGGCGGGGCGCCGGCGGUGGCGGUGGCGGCAGCGGGUUCGGUUGCGCGUGGCGCACGGGGUGGGUGCGGAGCCCAGGCCGGGAGCAGGCGGUGCCGCAAGUGACCAUGGGCAAUGUGUUGGCCGCAAGUUCGCUGCCCGCAGGGCCGCCGCCACCGCCGCCUGCGCCCGCCCUCGUGGGGCUGCCGCCGCCUCCGCCCUCUCCUCCUGGCUUCACGCUGCCGCCGCUCGGGGGUGGCCUUGGCGCUGGCGCCGGCGCGGGUCGAGGCUCUGAACGGACCCCCGGGCCUGCGGCCGCCAGCGCUGCAGGGACAGCAGCCGAUGGGGCCUGUGGCUGCUUGCCUAACCCAGGCACGUUCGAGGAGUGCCACCGGAAGUGCAAGGAGCUUUUCCCCAUUCAGAUGGAAGGUGUCAAGCUCACAGUCAACAAAGGGUUGAGUAAUCACUUCCAGGUAAACCACACGGUAGCCCUCAGCACAAUCGGGGAGUCCAACUACCACUUCGGGGUCACGUAUGUCGGAACAAAGCAGCUGAGCCCCACAGAGGCAUUCCCUGUGCUGGUGGGUGACAUGGACAAUAGCGGCAGCCUCAACGCUCAAGCCAUUCAUCAGCUGGGCCCCGGCCUCAGGUCCAAGGUGGCCAUCCAGACCCAGCAGUCAAAGUUUGUGAACUGGCAGGUGGAUGGGGAAUACCGGGGUUCUGACUUCACAGCAGCCAUCACCCUGGGGAACCCAGAUGUCCUGGUGGGUUCAGUGCUGGCCCCACCUGAGCAGCUGCCCUGGGUGCCUGCCAUCUGCUUCUGCCAACUUACCCAGGGACACCUGAUGUGGGCCCGAGGAAUCCUCGUGGCCCACUACCUCCAGAGCAUCACGCCAUGUCUGGCCCUGGGCGGAGAGCUGAUCUACCACCGGCGGCCUGGGGAGGAGGGCACUGUCAUGUCUCUAGCUGGGAAAUACACAUUGAACAACUGGUUGGCAACAGUAACGCUGGGCCAGGCGAGCAUGCAUGCAACAUACUACCAUAAAGCCAGUGACCAGCUCCAGGUGGGUGUGGAGUUUGAGGCCAGCACAAGGAUGCAGGACACCAGUGUCUCCUUUGGGUACCAGCUGGACCUGCCCAAAGCCAACCUCCUCUUCAAAGGCUCCGUGGACAGUAACUGGAUUGUGGGCGCCACACUGGAGAAGAAGCUCCCACCCCUGCCUUUGUCGCUGGCCCUCGGGGCCUUCCUGAAUCACCGAAAGAACAAGUUUCAGUGCGGUUUCGGCCUCACCAUCGGCUGAGCUCCUCCUGGCCUGUGCCUUCCACGCCCUUACUCCAGACCCCCCCUCCCCCUCCCCAGCCAAGGAGGGGAGACCUGAGCCCCCCUCCCCCUCCCUUCCCUCCCUCCUCGGGGGUCGGGGGGCAGUGGAAAGGAGGGGACCCCCAGCAACUGACAGGGGGACUCUGGAACCACAGACGCUUCAGGAUUCAGAGCACAGGGGCAGUGUGUCCAGUGGGCUUGGGGUCCCAGAGGGAUUCCAGAAUCGAGGGGCAUGCCAGUUCGGAGCACGGGGGGCAGAGGUGGCCAGACAGCCUCAGGAAGGUGUUGGAACAUCCCAUGCCCGCAGAGGGCCCUGGCCCGGCCCUGAGUGGUCAGAAGAGGAGCUUCCCCAUCCCCAGUCAGCCCGCGCCUGCCCACUUCUCCACCCACCCCUCGGUAUGAAUCAUGUUUAUAAGUUAUGGAAGAACCAGGACAUUUUACAGAAAAAGAAAAAAAAAACAACAAAAAAUAUACAUGAAAAAAAGUGGAA